GACACUAGCAAGCAGCCAGGCGGACGCGCCGACGUGACAGGAGAGCAAGUCAGCAGCUCAGAGAUCAUAGAAAUAGUCUUCUCAUUAUUGUCUGUCGACGCGGAUCGAAAACUGCUGCGCCGCGGGGUGCGAGACCACCUUCUCACCAUACACAUUGCGAUUUGGCUGGGACGCGGCCGGCGCGCGCAGACGAGAAGCGAUAAAACAUGGCCAGCAACGUCGACCAACAACCAUGGGACGACGGCGUCGACAUCUGCGGCCAGUCGGUCCCGAUGGACAACGACGAGGGCUGGCGCCGGGCCGUCGCAUCGAUGAAACAAAAAGACGAACCGAUGGAAUCAAAUGAGGACGACGACGGCGGCCUCUACGAGCGUUUGAUGCGGGACGACGCGCGGAUCAACGCGCAACUUAGUGAUUUAAGAGCGGCGCACCGCGCGGGCGCGCUGGACAGGGAGGCCUUCUCGGCGCAAGCGCUCGAGCGGCUCCGGCCGAAGCCUUUGAGAGAUAUGCUGGAGGUGGACGCGUCCGACCCGAUCGCCGUGGUCGGCCGUAGUAAAGCCGUCGACGAGGCGACACUGAGAGCGCUCUCAUCUAUAGUGAGCGGCCCGCGCUCGUCACCUGAGCAGAGGAAGCGCUGGCCUGUUUCACUAGGACAGGAUCCAAUCAUAAAGGCGACGUCAUCGGGCGAUCGGCUGGUCCUGCGGUUUCGCUGCGAGGACGACGUCAAAGUGUGGUGCUGGAAGAUGGCGCACCAGGUCUUCGCCAACGAGGGCGCUGGAUUGUUAUACACGCAGAACGUCUCUUUCGAAUACCCGUGCGCGCCGACCAACUUAUCUCGGCUGUUCCGCUACGUCUCCGAGGGUGUUGUAUCGGCCGAUGCGAGUGGGACCUUGGUGCUGGCGGCGUCAGAUAGGACCCUCGCGUACCCCGACGCCGAGUACGGCUUCGAGGGCGAGCUCCUGUCGCGCUGGGUCGCGCGGACGGUCGGGCGCCUCGCCGGGACUCAGAGCUACGCGACGCGGGACCCGCCGGGCUUUACUUCUGGUGAGGACGACGACCUGGAUACUGCUUUUGAGAAACGCUGGGUGUCGAAGGCGGAGGAGGAGGACAUCGAUCGUGCGUUCGCGGACGACGCGCCCGAGUAGGAAUCUAUGAUAGACUUAGACCG